AAUUAUAUUCGACCAAUCAUAUCACAAUCAUUAGAUUGACUUGACCUGCACCAAAGGUAUAUCCUUUCAAAAAACAUCUCGCAUCAUCUCUAUCACGUCAAUCUCUCUCGCCCCCUCUCACUGUGUGUGUGUGAGAUCGAAGCUAUGUCUCAGACCGUUGUUCUCAGAGUGGCUAUGUCAUGCGAGGGAUGUGUUGGAGCUGUGAAAAGAGUCCUCGGCAAAAUGGAAGGCGUGGAGUCAUUUGAUGUGGAUAUAAAGGAGCAGAAGGUGACAGUGAAAGGCAAUGUGCAGCCAGACGCUGUUUUGCAGACUGUGUCAAAAACUGGAAAGAAAUCGGCUUUCUGGGACUCAGAGGCUGAAACCGCCAAGGCUUAAGUAUGGAGAAGCAGAGCAUCCCAUAUAUAUGACUCUGUUUUUUCAAUAAAAAUCUGUAUGGGGAUCCUUCUUUCUUUAUUUGACUUGUGUCUGAACAUUGCUCUGUGAACCAACCUUGUUUUAAUCAUUCAAGUAAUGUGGUCAAAAACAGUUCCUUGAAUAA